CCCAAAGCGCUAGGAUUACAGGCGUGAGCCACCGCGCCCGGCCCAUUUGUCACUUUCUAGUGAGCUCUGUCCUUGUCUCCUAAUGCAUAUCUCUUUCUCUCUAUGCAAUUCUGUUUCUAGGUCUCCUAAUAUAUACUUGCCUUUCUUUCAAUUUCACCAUGUCUUUGCCUCGGUGCGUCUGUCAACAUCUUCACUUUCUGUCCCAGUUCCUCCCAGCCCCUGGGCUUCCAAUAUUCUCUCCCUCCCUCACCUUUGACCUAGAGAUACUGUCCCCAUCUCUCUCUGUCUCUGUCUUGCCAUGUGACUGGUUCAUUCACUGGGCAGAUGUUUAUCUCAUGCCGCUUCCAUUCUGGUUUGAGCCUGAGGUAAAUAAGUCUGAAUUAAUGAGCCUCUCCUUCCCGGCUUCCAUUCCAGAAGUGUCUGUCUCCAUCUGUCUCCGUGUCUGUCAUUUUCAGGAUUUUCUUGUAUCCUUACCUUGCACAUUCUCAAUCCCACUGUUUUGGUCUCUUGUUUAUAUCUCUGCUUUUCUCUGGGUUUCUGACUCUGUAACUGUCCGAAAAGAAAAGUAUCUUUCACUUUCCCCACUCUCCCUCCCCUCCCAGCUCUCUUACUGCCUCAUCCGGCCUCUCUAGGUCUCUGCCUUGCUCUGUGUCUAGAUCUCUGGGCCUUUGUUAAGCGUGUUAGAGUCUCUGUCUUUGCAACUAAAGACCUCCUCCCUCACGCCCCUUUUCUUUUGUGAAUUCAAUGGGUGGGACAGGCCCACUCUCCCUUAACAAAGAUGGCGACAACGGCGCUGUCUAUGGGGCCGCGACGUCGUCUCCGCUGCGCGUCGGCCCUCACCUACGAUGGCGGCCAGUCUCCCGAAGAGCGAGGCCCCGCCCAGUUCUCGGUCUCUCCCGCGGCCGGUCCCUGUACCAAGCUCGCGAACUGACUGGCUCCACCCCCCGCGCCCUCGUAUUGGUGCGGCCCAGGCCGGCUGCACGGCCAUUGGCUGAGCGGAUGCACAUCCUCCCCCCACCCCUAGGUCUGAUGGGGGCUGUUGGUGCUGACUUGCGGGACCGCCUGGAGGAGGACCCGGCGUGUGAGGAGGGUGCGGGGGUCGGGGCAGGGACCGGAGUCUAGGGGACUGAGGGACCAAGAGGAACAGAGACGCAGGCCCGGGACUGCGGCACCGGGGUGGGAGAUGGAAAUGGAAAACCUGGGACGGGACUGAACCCAGGCCUGGGACUGGGUUCUGGAAAUAAAGUGCGGAUGGCGGCUUGGGGGCCCAGGGCCAGACACGCAGGCCUAUGGAUUGGGGACCAAUGGAUGGAGACCCAUGUCCAGGUCUCGGGGACCCAGGGACAGAGACCCAGGCCCAAGACUGGAGGACAUCUAGGGCUAUGUGCUUGAAUCUGAUUUGAGGUUCCCAUAAUGGGGCCAGGGCAGGUUUGGGGGUGAGGCAGACGUCCUGGACCCGAGAGAGCCGCUGGGGAUAGGGGGGCAGAUGUAGUUCCUAAGGGUGAGUCCACAGGCCGUGGUGGGGGGGUGUCCUGGCGCUCUGGGCCUGGGGAAUGUGAGGGGCAGGACUGGCAGGUGGCUGGGCGGGGCAGUGGGGAACAAAGGUGAGCGAAAGGAGGAGGCAGAAUCCAGGCAGAGGGCAGGGAGAGGGCCUGUGGGGAAGGGACUUCAGUCCUGCUCCCACCCGCUCCCUGGAGAGCAGGCGGCCAGACACCCAGGUCAGUGCUCAGGGGCCAGCUCUUGGCCCCUGCCCCUUGCAGGCGCUCGCAUGUGGCUCCUCUCGGACCCCGUAGUCCCUCUGUCAUAUCCCUUCUCUCCAGCUGUCCUCAUGCCUGCCUCCUACCCCUCCUAUUUGCUCUCCCUUCCACUCUGUCUUGCCUUUCUUGUUGGGGUGAAAUAGUCUUACUCUCUUAAGCAUCUUUCAUCAGCCUGGGUUUCACCUCAUUGACCCUGUUUGUCUCCUCUCAGUGCUUCUCUGGCUCUCAUACGGUAUCUCUGUUGCGUUUGUGAUUGUUUUGCUGUUGUUACCAACUGCACUGUAUGGUGGCGGGGGUGGGGGGUGUGUCUCUCAGCCUUUGCAUGUCUGUUUCUGCAUAUCCAAUCCCACUAUCCAUUCCCCUUCCUGUGCCUUCUUUUCCCCCAAAGCCCGUUAUCAUCACCCAACCCCCUGUAUAUUUCAAUCCUUUCUCUUGUUUAUCUAUUCCUAUGAAGGCAAGGAUUUGGGGCUGCUUUGUCUCCUGCUGUGUUUGCUAGGCCUAGCACCGUGAUUGGCACAUAGAGGGUAUUGAAUACUUACUGGGGAAUAAAUGAUUGGAUGUUUGCAUGCCCGGGUCUCCAGCCCCCUCCGGGAUGCUGGCCUUCCUGCUCAGCUGGCCUCUGUCCCGCAUCCUCAAGGUCUGCCUGCACCUGUCUGAGCCUGUCUGUCUCUGGUGCUCCUGUCUCACCUGCCACUGCCCCUCAUUGUCUCCUCCUGUCCACAGCCCCUGCCCCUCCCUGCCCCUGCCAUGGGGUCCUGAACUCUCACCCCUUCUCUCCUCCCUUCCCGCAGAGGCCGGACCAGGAGCUGACCGGGAGCUGGGGCCACGGGCCUAGGAGCACCCUGGUCAGGGCUAAGGCCAUGGCCCCACCCCCACCGCCACUGGCUGCCAGCACCCCACUCCUCCAUGGCGAGUUUGGCUCCUACCCAGCCCGAGGCCCAAGCUUUGCCCUCACCCUCACAUCACAGGCCCUGCACAUACAGCGGCUGCGCCCCAAACCCGAAGCGAGGCCCCGGGGUGGCCUGGUCCCGUUGGCCGAGGUCUCAGGCUGCUGCACCCUGCGAAGCCGCAGCCCCUCAGACUCAGCGGCCUACUUCUGCAUCUACACCUACCCUCGGGGCCGGCGCGGGGCCCGGCGCAGAGCCACUCGCACCUUCCGGGCAGAUGGGGCCGCCACCUACGAAGAGAACCGUGCCGAGGCCCAGCGCUGGGCCACCGCCCUCACCUGUCUGCUCCGAGGACUGCCACUGCCCGGGGAUGGGGAGAUCACCCCUGACCUGCUACCCCGGCCGCCCCGGUUGCUCCUAUUGGUCAAUCCCUUUGGAGGGCGGGGCCUGGCCUGGCAGUGGUGUAAGAACCACGUGCUUCCCAUGAUCUCUGAAGCUGGGCUGUCCUUCAACCUUAUCCAGACAGAACGACAGAACCACGCCCGGGAGCUGGUCCAGGGGCUGAGCCUGAGUGAGUGGGAUGGCAUCGUCACGGUCUCGGGAGACGGGCUGCUCCAUGAGGUGCUGAACGGGCUCCUAGAUCGCCCUGACUGGGAGGAAGCUGUGAAGAUGCCUGUGGGCAUCCUCCCCUGCGGCUCGGGCAACGCGCUGGCCGGAGCAGUGAACCAGCACGGGGGAUUUGAGCCAGCUCUGGGCCUGGACCUGCUGCUCAACUGCUCACUGUUGCUGUGCCGGGGUGGUGGCCACCCACUGGACCUGCUCUCCGUGACGCUGGCCUCGGGCUCCCGCUGUUUCUCAUUCCUGUCUGUGGCCUGGGGCUUCGUGUCGGAUGUGGAUAUCCAGAGCGAGCGCUUCAGGGCCUUGGGCAGUGCCCGCUUCACACUGGGCACAGUGUUGGGCCUUGCCACACUGCACACCUACCGAGGACGCCUCUCCUACCUUCCCGCCACUGUGGAACCUGCCUCGCCCACCCCUGCCCAUAGCCUGCCCCGUGCCAAAUCGGAGCUGACCCUAACCCCAGACCCAGCCCCGCCCAUGGCCCACUCACCCCUGCAUCGUUCUGUGUCUGACCUGCCUCUUCCCCUGCCCCAGCCUGCCCUGGCCUCCCCUGGCUCGCCAGAACCUCUGCCCAUCCUGUCCCUCAACGGUGGGGGCCCAGAGCUGGCUGGGGACUGGGGUGGGGCUGGGGAUGCUCCGCUGUCCCCGGACCCACUGCUGUCUUCACCUCCUGGCUCUCCCAAGGCAGCUCUACACUCACCCGUCUCCGAGGGGGCCCCCGUAAGUCCCCCAUCCUCUGGGCUCCCACUUCCCACCCCUGAUGCCCGGGUAGCGGCCUCCACCUGCGGCCCGCCUGACCACCUGCUGCCUCCGCUGGGCACCCCGCUGCCCCCAGACUGGGUGACGCUGGAGGGGGACUUUGUGCUCAUGUUGGCCAUCUCGCCCAGCCACCUAGGCGCUGACCUGGUGGCAGCUCCGCACGCGCGCUUCGACGACGGCCUGGUGCACUUGUGCUGGGUGCGUAGCGGCAUCUCGCGGGCUGCGCUGCUGCGCCUUUUCUUGGCCAUGGAGCGUGGUAGCCACUUCAGCCUGGGCUGUCCGCAGCUGGGCUACGCUGCGGCCCGUGCCUUCCGCCUAGAGCCGCUCACGCCGCGCGGAGUGCUCACAGUGGACGGGGAGCAGGUGGAGUAUGGGCCGCUACAGGCACAGAUGCACCCUGGCCUCGGUACACUGCUCACUGGGCCUCCUGGCUGCCCGGGGCGGGAGCCCUGAAACUAAACAAGCUUGGAACCCGCCGGGGGCGGGGCCUACAUUCCAAUGGGGCGGAGCCUGAGCCGGGGGUGUGGCCUGGCUGCUAGAGUUGUGGUGGCAAGGGCCCUGGCCCCGUCUCAGGAUUGCGCUCGCUUUCAUGGGAGCAGACGUGAUGCUGGAGGGUGGGCGUCGACACGGUUAAAGAAAAAUGGGCUCGUCCCGAGGAUAGUGCCUGAUCAAUGAGGGCGGGGCCUGGCGUCUGAUCUGGGGCCGCCCUUACGGGGCAGGGCUCAGUCCUGAUGCUCGCCACCUGCUUCUACCCGGCCAGGCUGGCUGAGGGCGGAGUCUGUUUUACGCGUCGCCCAAUGACAGGACCUGGAAUGUACUGGCUGGGGUAGGCCUCAGUGAGUCGGCCGGUCAGGGCCCGCAGCCUCGCCCCAUCCACUCCGGUGCCUCCAUUUAGCUGGCCAAUCAGCCCAGGAGGGGCAGGUUCCCCGGGGCCGGCGCUAGGAUUUGCACUAAUGUUCCUCUCCCCGCGGGUGGGGGCGCGGAAAUUCAUAUCCCCUGUUCGUCUCAUGCGCGUCCUCCGUCCCCAAUCUAAAAAGCAAUUGAAAAGGUCUAUGCAAUAAAGGCAGUCGCUUCAUUCCUCUCA